AUGAAUCAUCAGUCCCGCAAUUUUUUGGGGAGUGCCGGGGAGGAGCGAUGGAACGAAUGGGAUGAAGAGCAGUCUUCUUCUUCUAACCAGGAUGACGAAGAACCAUGGACACCGUCACCCCCGGCCUCCCCAAUCCUCAUCCCGAAUACGCCAUCACCACCACCCCAGGAGAGUAACACCGUACCCAACGGAGAGGGAAGAAACCUCCGUCCCUGCCCCUGCCCACGGUGUGUGGCUAGGAGAGCCGGUAGGCGAGUGGGGAUGGGGCGGGGGAAUUACGUCAAUAGACUCCGGGAGAUCAUCGCCACCACCACCACCACCUCCCCGGCCAACAACAACAACAACACUCCGGAAACGCCCCGCCUCACCCAAACGCUCAUGGAGCGUUUUACAACACGGAGGGCUCCCGUGGGGCGGGGUAUUGGCCGGGGACUCCCCCGGCAACUGAAUCUGGAUUCGGAGGGGAGUUCGAACCCGGGUCGGGUUAGAUCACCAUCACCCCCAUCACCCCCAUCACCUGUACCAACACCCCCACCACGAUCACCUGGGUGGUUGACAGCACGCCGGGGUCGGGCCCGAGCACGUCUGGAUUCGGAGAGGAGUUCGACCCGCCCUACAGCCCGGGUUCCACCCCAACCACGGGACACCCGCCGUGACCGCCGUGAGGAUGAGAACCAGUUACCAUCACCCCUAGCUCAGUCUUUGCCUUCCACCCCGGCUAGGGAAGUAGGGGCGGUUAUAGCUCACCCCAACAUGCCGCUUCACACAGCCGAACUCGGGAAUGACAAUUACCUAACUAGCGAGGAACGCAACACCCUAGUUAGAGAUGUAGAAGAGCGGUUAAGAGCUCAACCGCCCCUACAAUGGUUUCUCAUCUCCGCGGCGGUUGGAGGGUUACCAUUAACAACCACUCCACCGGAGUCAACACCAGCACCACCAGCAGCACCACCAGCAGCACCACCUGUCUCACCUGGGCCGGGCGCAGACCCGCUUUUCCCACCACAAAACCGCAAACACUGCAAACGAGAACUAAGCCAGCUCGUCGAAUGCAGCAAGUCUAGAGACGGAGGAGUCGAUCAAGGGAAAUUGGAAGAUCUCCGCGAGUCAGUUCCAACCCGACCCGACCUAGCAGUGAGAGUGAUCUACGGGAACUGUAUCGGGGAGCAUUGGGCGCUCGAUUCGGAGUCAUUUUUACCGCGGCAAGCCGGUGCAGGACCGCUACAAUUACCGGUUCAGCGAUCUCGGAGCCCAUCCCCUCCUAUCAGAUCGCGCUGUAUGAGGACCAAACCACCGCCUUCACCGUCAACUACAGCUUUGGUUAUAUUCUUCGGCACAAGGAGACGGGACAGUUAA